AUGAAACAAAAUAUCAUUUCAUUGAUCAUCAUUGCUUUCGGAGCAAUAUGCGUGGCCUAAUUAACAAUCUAAAUUACUCAUUAAUGUGAAUGCUCAUAAUUUAGUCAAAACUCAUGUGGAACUUAAUAUAGUGAUUAAUCUUGUUUUUGGAAUAGUACUUCUCAAGUAUGUUAACGAAAGGGAUGUUAAUAAUUAUAUUCAUAAGAAACUUGUCUUCAAAAUUUCGCUGAGUGUUAUUGGAAUGGAAGUAAAUGUUAAUAAUUUACUUCUUGUUCGUAAUUAACCUAUCAAAAUAUGUCCUGCACUUAAUAAAAUAUUCAAUGUGGCUAAUUUGUUAGUAACUCUACAAACUGUUUGCCAUUAGAUCAAUUACCUUAAUGUACAUUUUUUAAUCAAGAUUAAUGUACACCUCAAUAAAUAGGUUAUCAAGGAACUUUAUGUUUUUUGGAUAGUGCCUAAUAAUGCUAAACAGCAACAUCAUGCUCAUAAUUAUAAACAUAAUCUUAAUGUACAUAAUGGAAAAAUACUUGUUAAUGGAAUUCUACAAAUAUGGAAUGUGUACAAUUACAAUGUAAUAGUUUUACAAAUUAAUAAACUUGUACCAAUAUAAUAUUAGGCCUAAAUCCAUAAACAAUAAUGCCAUGCUAAUUUUUAAAUGGAACUUGUCAAUAAGUAUAUAGUGCAUAAUCAUUAAAUGCUUAAGAUUGUUCAUCUAUAACUUUAUCAACACAUUAUUGGAUUUAAGCAAAUAAUAAUACUGGAGCAUGUAUACCAUGUAAUAUUCUUAAUAAUUAUCAACCAAAUAAUAAAUGUUCAUGUUCUAGUUUCCUUAGUGAACAAUGUCAAUCAUCAAGUUAUUGCUAAUGGUCAAAUGGUGAAUGUAAUCCAGUUGUUUGCAAUCAAAUACUUGAUUAACUAGCCUGUCUUUAAAAUUUAGAAUGUAGUUGGAACAAUAAUUAGUGCUAAACAUUUCAAGGCUGCCCUCCAGCAUCUAGUCAAUAGUAUUGCAUUGAAAGCUCAUUUAAUUGCUUGAUUUAUAAUUAUCCUUCUUGUUAAAGUUUGUCUGAAAAUUCAUGUAGUAAAAUUUAUUACUAAUAUUAAUGCUAAUCUUAAUUGGGAUAUUGUUAUUGGAGUGGAAAUCUAUGUAAAUAGGUUUAAUCGUGUAAUCAAAUAACAUAAUAGCGUCUAUGUUAUAGAUUUGGAUAUGCCUGUACUUGGGAAAAUGGUAGAUGUUAGUAAUUAACUUGUAAUAAGAUUUAAUUCUAAAAUAAUUGUAUAUAUACAAUUCCAUAAUUGUACACAAAUGAUGUUCAACCCUGUAUUUGGUAAAAUGGAAAAUGUUAAAACCUCAAUAGUGUAAAUAGUUUAGAUGUUGCAUAAUGUCAAUCAAUAUCCUUUGAUACUUACAAAUGGACAGGAUCAAGAUGUGUAAAAUGUAUCCAAUCCUAAUAGCAAAUUUAAAGUUUUUUAUAACUUCCAAAUUAAUGUCAAUGUUAUUAACUAUUUACUUAUUAAUAGUGUUAAUAGAUUUCCUAUUGUAAUUGGACAGGUGUAUAUUGUUAACCUUAUUUAUGUUCAAAUAUCUCUAAUUAAGCAUCUUGUGCAUCUAAUCCUAAUUGUUAUUGGAUUAAUAAUUAAUGCGAAACAUUCAAAUAAUGUAAUAUAUUAUAAGGAGCAUCUUAAUCAGAAUGUAUAGUUUAAAGCAUUAAUUGUCCAGCAAGUGAUGGAACCAAUUGCCAAGACAAAUAAUAUUUAUAAGCUUGCUCAUCUUAUCUAAAAUAGAAUUUAUGUUAAUAUGCCUUAGGUAGUAAUGGAAUUUGUUUAUGGCAAAGUAACUCUUGCCAAGUAUUGAGUAAAUGCUCAUAAAUAAAUACAUAAUAAGAUUGCUAAUAUUUUAAAAAAUAAUGUUAUUGGGGUACUAGUUGUCAACCUGCUAGUUGCUCACAAUUCUCAACAGCUGAAACUUGCUAAUUUUAUUAUACUUCAAUUAAUUCUUAUAAUACAGUUCCAUGUUAAUGGAACUCAACAACAGGAGUCUGCACAUAACCUACUGAUUACAUGACUCAAUUAAAUUCCAAUAAUUGUUAAACUAAUACAAAUAAAGGUGCUCGAUGGAGUUAAGCUUUGAAUAUUUGUUUGAGUUGUCAAGCUCCUAAACCCCCAAAUCCAAACCAAUGUAGUUGUUCUUAAUUAGUAUCUUCAAUAAAUUGUAUGCAAAGUUUGUAAUGCUAAUGGAAUACUCAAACCAAUUCUUGCUAAUAAUUACCAUGCACUAAUUUAUCAUAAUAAUUAUGUAUUCAAAAUUCAUAAUGUAUGUGGAAUGGAUCUUGUUAAUAAUUUACAUUAUGUAGUAGUUUAAAGGGUACUACUUCAGAAGAAUGUGCUGCUUAGUCUCUAUAUUGUCCUUAUUACAAUCCUAUUAAAAAAUAGUGUUAAGUAGCUUCCAAAGUAGAAAUUCAAGAUUGCUGGGGAGUAACUUAAUAAAACUGCAAUUUUUUUGUACCACCAUCAUAUUAUUGCGGUUGGAAUUAUUCAUUAAACUAAUGUUAUCUUUUUAAUUAAUCAUAAUGUGAAAAUUAUUAUGGUCAAAGCUAGUGUUAAAGUAUUCCUUAUUGCUAUUAUUAAAAUGGAUGUAAACUAAAAUAAUGCUAACACUUUUAUACUAAAGAAUCCUGCACAUUUACUUUUGAUCCAUAGAAUUGGAAUAAUAUCUAAUCAUGUUCUUGGCUAAACGGAUCUUGUAUACCUGCCAAUAAUCUGUUUUCAGAAUAAACUUGUUUUACCAAUACAGAUCAAACUGCCAGAUGGAGCUCUAACAUUAAAGAUGGUUUCUGUAUUCCUUGUAAUCUUCCACUUCAAUAAGUAAUUGUUCCAAAAAAUUAAUGUCUGUGUUCUUAACUACUAACUUAUUAAGAAUGCGAUUAAGCUUCAUGUUAUUGGUAUGGAAGUUUUUGUAAUGAUAAAUAUUGCGGAGGUUUAAAUUAAAUUGAUUGUAUCUAAAGCUAUUAAUGCUAUUGGAUGUAUUCAACUAAUUUUUCCUAAGGAGGUUAUUGUGAAUAACUUGAUUAUAAAGAAUUAAUUUAUUAAAAAGACCCAUGUACUAGACUAAGAGGAAAUAAUUCCUUAGAAUGUUUAUCAUAAAGUUUACUUUGUCCUGUUUCUUUAAAUGGAAUUUGCCAAAAUCGAGCACUACUAUAAACAUGUUAAAGUAUGAACACUUUAUAAUUAUGUUCUAAUGGCAUUGGAUAAGAAGGAUAUUGUACUUAUGAAAAUUAAUAAUGUUAAAUCUUAACUAGUUGUUCUUAAUUAAAAACCCAAAGUGAAUGUUCUGUUUUCAAUAAAAGCUGUUAAUUUGUUACUACUUCAGGUAAGUGUGAAUAAUUAAGUUGUUCAUCCUAUACGACUAUUGAAAGUUGUACUUAUAUAAUUUAGAAUAUUAACUAAGCCAAUAUUUAGGUUUGCUUUUGGAGUAUAGAUACAAAAACCUGCUCCUCAGCUUCAUAUCUAAUUUAAUUUACAUUUGAAAGUUGUUACUCAAAUACUGGUGGUACUUAUCAUUGGAGUAACACUUAAACAACAUAAGGUUCUUGUGUUUCAUGUCAAUUAAAUAGGAUUAAGCCUAAGAAUACUUGUUCAUGUACACUAUUGAACUAAGUUGAAUGUACAUUGUCUAAACCUGUAUGUAAAUUAAACUAGAACAAUCAAUGUGUAAAAUCAUAAUGCAAUGAAAUUUUUGAUUCAGUACAUUGUUCUUAAUAAAAUGAAUGUAUGUGGAAUAAGAACUAAUGUGUAACAUUUACAAAAUGCACAGAUUUAAAUGGAACAACUAAUUUGGAUUGUGUUGCAUAAUCAUUAUAAUGUUAAACAACUUAAAAUGGAAUAUGUUAAUCAGCAUCAAGUUUGAAUUCAUGUGAAAAAUACUCAUAGUCUUAAUGCAAAUUAGGAAGAUUAGGAUCUGAAGGUUUUUGUUAUUUUAAUGAAGCAAAAAAUGCUUGCUAAGUCAUUUCAUCAUGUGAUUCGGUAAAUAAUCUACAAUAUUGCGAAAAAUUGAAUCCUGCAUGUAAAUGGAGUUAUAAUUUCAUAAAAUGUGUUCCCUUUUAAUGUUAAGAUUAUCGUUACGAAGAAGAAUGCACAAAUGUAAUUGUUAAUCUUUAAGAUCCUUAAAUUGAAUUAUGUGUUUGGUAGAAUUACAAAUGUGUGCCUUUUGUUGAUACUUACUAUAAGUUUGAUGAUGCUAUUUGUUAUGUCAAAUCAGAUCAUACAUACAGAUGGGUUAAAGAAGAUAAAUUUGGUGUCAGAUGCUAGUAAUGUCUUUAAGCAUACCUAAUAAACAUCAUAGCAAUCGUUUUAUUAAUUUACAUAUGA